AGUCCACCAUAGCCGCAGUACCCGGACCUUGUAGUCCCGUGGGGCCAAUCGCUUAACGAGUAGUGGACAUUAGUUGAGCCAAGAAGCUCCGAGCCAGUCCCACGAUGAUGGCCCAUCCCCCUGGGAACCUGCCAGGGAUGCAAAACGUCAGAGUGGACCCAGAGGAGCUCUUCACCAAGCUGGAGCGUAUCGGCAAGGGUUCGUUCGGCGAGGUCUUCAAGGGCAUCGACAAUCGUACUCAGAAAGUGGUGGCCAUCAAGACCAUUGACCUGGAGGAAGCCGAGGAUGAGAUCGAAGACAUUCAGCAGGAGAUCACUGUGCUGAGCCAAUGUGACAGCCCCUUUGUCACCAAGUACUACGGCUCCUACCUGAAGGAUGCCAAGUUAUGGAUCAUCAUGGAGUAUUUAGGAGGAGGCUCAGCUUUGGACUUGAUGGAGCCAGGUUCUCUGGAUGAGACCCAAAUUGCCACCAUUCUGAGAGAGAUCCUUAAGGGGCUGGAGUAUCUGCAUUCCGAGAAGAAGAUCCAUCGUGAUAUCAAAGCCGCCAACGUGCUACUUUCCGAGCACGGCGAGGUGAAGCUAGCAGAUUUCGGAGUGGCCGGCCAGCUCACCGACACCCAGAUCAAGCGCAACACUUUUGUGGGCACGCCUUUUUGGAUGGCUCCCGAGGUCAUCAAACAGUCUGCGUACGACUCCAAGGCCGAUAUUUGGUCUCUGGGCAUCACAGCCAUCGAACUGGCAAAAGGCGAACCGCCGCACUCGGAGCUCCAUCCCAUGAAGGUUUUAUUUCUAAUUCCAAAGAACAACCCUCCGACGCUGGAGGGAAACUACAGCAAGCCGCUGAAAGAAUUUAUCGAAGCUUGCCUCAACAAGGAGCCCAGUUUUAGGCCGACCGCCAAGGAGCUGCUGAAGCAUAAACUGAUUGUGCGCCACGCUAAAAAGACGUCCUAUCUGACCGAGCUGGUGGACAAGUACAAACGAUGGAAGGCCGCGCAAACCAGGACCGCCAACGAGUCCAGUUCCGAUGACUCUGACUCGGAGCAGGAUGGGCAGGCGUCAGGCGGGAAUGACUUUGGCAGUGACGACUGGAUCUUCACCAUCCGGGAGAAGGACCCGAAGAAGCUACAAAAUGGCGAGGGACAGUCAGGCGCGACCGAGCAGGUGCCUCGACAAACAAAAGCCAUUCCAAAGAGGCCUUAUUCACAGAGCCUGUCCACAGUCAUCACUCCUGCGUUCGCAGAGCUGAAGGCCAGACAUGAGCAAGCGAACCGGAAUCCCGUCGUCCUGGACGGUUUGAAGGAGGCCAUCUUGCGGGCCGAGGAAGCCUACCCGGGCAUUUUGGAUUCCCUGGUGGCGCACAUGAUCCACAGGCUUCAGAGUUUCUCCACAAGCAGGUCGUCCUCUUCUUCGUAAAGCGAGUGGCUCUCCGCUCCCCACCCACGGAACCCUCCUCCAAGCACCCCCUUCUGCCGUUCACUCGGUAGCAGCUGAUCUCAAUCGACAUAUAUUCCGACGGGACUCGUGCCGGCUUUGCCGCUACGCGGCAAUUGGCUCGGCCGAGCGACGAGGCUCUUUUCGCCCCGAGGCAAGACUUCAAUCCGGCCCCUCCCUUUUAAGUGGAGCUUGCAGCGUAUCCCACCUUUGACGGAGCACGCAUGUAACGGCGCCAACGUCCCGACGUCGGCACCAACAUGCCCAAAAGGUAAAUGGCAUUCUCUGUGGGAAAACUCAGGUAAAAUGCUUUAUGCUGGGGUUGUCACUUUGCAGCAGGGGAUUGAUUCGUCGCUGUACCCCCACACAUUUUGCAGAUGCUUCUACUGAAAGAGAAGAGAAUAAGCAGAAAUUGGGUUUUCUUUGUUUGUUAUUGUUUCGCUUUUAUCUUAUUUCAUUUGAGUUAGUUCCAGCAGUCUGAGUGCAGAGCCCCAGACAUAAUUGAGACAAAAAAGGAAAUGCUCAUUUGUAAACAAUGAAAUAGAUUUAACAUACGCAUGAAACUUCAGAAUACUUAUUUGUCGAUUGGGUAUUCCCAAGAACAACUUGUGUGGGUGGAUAAGCAAAUGGGCACGCAAUAACCAGAUCCCCCCCCCCCCCCCCCCCCCCAUUCAUUCAAAUUCCAAAUUGCUUAUCUUCAUGCCUAUCCCAGUAGGCGGGGUAUGUCCUGAACCGGUUGCCAGCCAAUCACAGGGCACGCUUGGACAAACAACUAUUCACAUUCACCGAUUUUUUUUGGAGGUCGAUCGGCCUAUCAUGCACGUGGAAGGAAACCGGAGUUACCAGAGAGAAGCCUCGCAGGCAUGGGGAGAAAAAUGCAAACCUCGGAGGUUUCUUUUUCUAUUCUACCCACUUGUCUGGGGCUCUGUAGCGAGUCACAGUUUUCUCUGUGUCAAUUUACAAUCCUUUCGUUUCAAUGGCCUGCUUCGUGCAACGAUGUUUUAAAAGGAUGCAACACGGCCAAACAAUGCCACUCAUCAUGCCCUCACACGAGAAGUGCCACGGCUUGUCAUUUUUGUUUUAUUUUUAUUAUUAUUAAUUGUUAUGGUCUCCAAUUCAUUUUUUUUUUUUAAACUGGUCCGAACUGAAUUGAAAGCAAACAUUUUUACAGUCGCUAAUAGCCAUGUUGCUAUGUUUACUUAAGAGCUCCAGAGUCUACUGUGCUAAAGCAGCAAUAAUGUUGAUAAGUAUCACUUGUCAACGCAGGUAAGAAGCAAAUUAAGAAAUAUAUGGUAUUUUUAUAACUGCAGUUAUGGAAAUAUGGAAUGCUUAGCUGAAAAAAAAAAAAAAAAAAAGCAACACAAAAAAAAAUCACGUUAAGGAAAUUGUGUACAUUUGUUUAUCAUAGCAAGCAGUUUAUAGUAGUGUAUAUAAUAUUUGCUCGAGGCAUUGGAGAAAUCAAAUGUAAGCGUUCAAAGUGGCAUAAGAAAUAAAGAUGCUACUGCUGAUUGCAA